AUGUUUGAACACGGCCUUCCUUCUACGACCCCAAAAUUUGAGUUUAAGGGAAUUGAAGAUGCUCUUCAAAUUCUAGAUCAGGAACUGGAGCCACAUGGACAGGAUACAGAGUUAUCUAACCCUUAUAUUAUUUUUAUUAUGGAUGAGCGUUCCUUCCUUGAUAAUAUGAAUGUUGAAGAAAAUCUGCUCGCACAAUCAUGCGAGAGCUACGACCCUUCCAUUAACCAUGCUCUUAUCAGACUCGAGACUGAUGCACAUUCAGUGGCAAUCGGUUCGUUCGUCGGCAUGGUCGAAUGUUGGAAUGGAAUAAUGGAGAAAGAUUAUAUACUCCUUCCUACGGGUUCAACGUCAGUCCGAGGCAAUUCAGGGCGGAUCAAGAGGGCCGAUUGUUCCUGGAGGCCGACUCAUUUUGACACCAAAUGGCCCAGCAUAGCAGUUGAGGUAGCAUGCGAGGAGAUACCAGCAAAGCUCGAGGACGACAUGAUGUUUUGGCUGAACCAAAGCAACGGAGAAGUGAAUGUUGUACUCAGUAUCAAAGUACUGCAGGGAAGAAUCACGAUUGCGCAAUGGAAAAGCAACGAGCGUGGGAUUCCCUUCCUGGUGCAGAAUAUGGAGAUCACCAAAGAUCCGGCGCCAGGUUGUGACCAUAUUCAAGGGAGCAUCUGCAUUCCCUUCGAAGACAUCCAUUGCCAGCCCAGACCGCAGAAUAAGAGUGAUUUUGUCAUGACUCGUGUCGGCAUGGAAAGCCUAGCACAUCAGAUAUGGGCUUUUCACAAUUCUCUUGACACUUAA